ACAUCGUGUGCCCAUCACUUACGGACUCAGAUGUUUUCUGAACCGUUCCUGAUAUAAUGCCUCGUGCUGAUAUGUAUUGUUUCUAGACGAACAUAUUUGAAUUCGUGAAUACAGCCGUCACCAUGAAUCGCGGCACUCAGAUAACGAUGAAAAGAUUAUUUUCAACAUCUCAAAGGAUGCUCGCGGAAGCGGCAGGAGAGCAUGCAGGUGGCAUGGACCUUUGGAGGAAGUUGACAUUCUUCGGUGCUUUCCCAGUCAUUGCUCUUUGUGCUGUUAAAACUUAUUUGGACGUCACUCAGCACCCGCACGAACCUCCGGAGUUCAUCAAGUAUGAUCAUCUCAGAAUCAGGACUAAGCGAUUCCCGUGGGGUGAUGGAAAUCAUUCUUUCUUUCACAACCCACACGCCAACGCGCUUCCCGACGGCUAUGAGCAUUCUGAGGAACAUCAUUGAGAAGAUUCAUCUCGUUUUCGUAGUGAAAGCUACUGGAAGGGAUUGCGCGGUUAUCCAGCGUUUUAGGUGCAAUGCGUGGUCAUGAUAUUCGAUUUACUUCAUGUAGGUUCACUCCUUUGUCAUUUCAGUUUCGGAAUAAAUA